GUGAACAAUUUAAUUAUAAAUUCAGUUACUAAGAAUCCACAACACCGUUUGUACGGUGUAAAUAACUCGAGGUUUGAUCAUGUUAUUGUGCUGUCAGCGUGGUUUUGAGUUCACCCUCUCAGCACCGUAGUGAGCGGCCGUGUACCGUAGAAGCAGAUCAGCACCAUGGAGAGCAACAUCUACAUCGGUUUUCAUUGACAGAUGGGCAUCUUGGAAACAGCUAGAUUGCGCAAUUAUAUUUGAAGCAGUUGCUCUCGACAAUCAACACGCUGAUAUUCUUGCAGGCGGGAUGACAGGUGCAGUGGUAGCUUGACGUGCCCGCGCUGUGUAACUGGAAAGGGGUUGAACUGACCAUGAAAUAACAGUGUAGGAACGCCGAUCGCGAAUAGUCUGUGCGUAGGAGGUACGGAUAAAAAUACGGGGGAUAAAAAGAAGGUCAGAGGCCAACGGUGCAGCGAUUAUUAUUAUUAAUAAUAUCAUUUUGUCAUACAGGGAAAGAAUAAUGGCAUAUAGAAACAGAAAGUCAUAAUGCCACUCUUUCUUCUCUCCGUGCCCACGCAACCUUUUCUUGUUCCGUAUGAACACCCCGCUAUGACCUAUAGGGAGCGUGUAUUAUCGUUCAUUCUGCACCGGUGAGGUGGCGGUGACAUUAUAGUUUUUUCUUCUUCUCUCGUUGCUCGCUCCACCGCUGUACUGUAUACCUCCCCCGCCAGCCUAUACGCUGUGUGACAUUUCUCGCGAUUGCGCUACAAGCAGGUGGUGCACCGUUCAAAAGCACUGAGGAAGAAAAAGAUAAUAACUCUUUGACGUCAGUUUUUCUCUAUGGCGCACGGCGUUUCGUCAGUUUUGCUCCUUUAUUACUCUGUAGCAAGCAGCAACAGUAACUAGGCUGAGAGUUUAUGUUGAACAAGUCGAAACUCAGUGACACGUUUACUUAUUAUGAAAGUACGUCAAAAAUAUGCUAGCAACUUAGCAACAUAACUGGUUGACUUGUUAUCUUACUCACAGUGUGAUAACACUAAACCACGCCCACUUUGGAUCUGACCGUCCACGGGCUUUUCCCAACACGUCACAAUUCGUAUGAGGCUACCUGAUCAAGUCUUUGCUAAUUUCGCAUAAACUGAACUGGAAGUUCCACGCUGGGCACUUCAUUUCCCUUUCCCAGCAGUCUGACAGAAGACAUGUUGUUGGAGCAAAGUGGCAUGGAAAACUAGUGUUUUCACCUCCUGGCGGUGGCAUUCAGCCUCCACUGAGCCCCCCUCGCCCCUCCAAGUGGACGACUUUCCUCCUCUCAGCCACUGUCACUUGCAACACGCGCGCAAAGGAGGAACAUGCAUCGGGAGACGUCUCUGCGCCGACAGUGCAGCUCUCCAACUCCUGGUGUACUGCACUGAGAGGUUGACUGAAGCCUGGAGUGGGAAUUGGAAGCAUCAGAAAUUCGCUUCAUGCUUAAAUGGAUCCCAGCGGCAACGGCUCCGGAAAGGCGCCGGACGAGGACGGAGACGCGCACGGACACUUCGCGCUCCUCAGAGCUGGGGUUUUGGGCCUGGUGUUCGUGCUCGCAACGUGCGGUAACCUCUUCUUCCUCGGCGCGCUGUGGAAGAAGCGUAAAAGGAACACCAGGACCCAGCUGUUCCUCCUGCACCUGUGCCUGGCGGACCUUGUGGUGGCUUUUUUCCAAGUCCUACCGCAGUUUCUCAUUGAAAUUACGCACAGGUUCCGAGGCACGGACUUCCUGUGCCGCACAGUAAAGUACCUGCAGGUGGUCGGGAUGUUCGCCUCCACUUACAUGAUAGUAGCUAUGACCAUAGACCGGUACCACGCGGUUUGCAAACCCAUGGUUUCCUUCUUGAAGGGCUCCUUCAGGAGGUACCUCUCCAUAGGCGCAGCGUGGCUGAUCUCCCUCGCCUUCAGCUCCCCGCAGCUCUUCAUCUUCUCUCUGCAGGAGGUGGAGAAGAACCAGUACGACUGCUGGGCGACGUUUGUCGAACCGUGGGGGAGCCGGAUCUACAUCAGCUGGAUCACCCUGUCGGUGUAUGCUCUGCCCGCGGUCAUUUUGCUCUACUGCCAAAUAAGAAUAUGCACGACGGUCUACUUCAACAUGAAGAGGAAGGCGCUGCAGGCAGGACGCUCGGGCACGAUGAAGGGGGUGUCCAACGCCAAGAUGAAGACCGUGAAGAUGACUUUUGUGAUCAUAAUGACAUACACGGUGUGCUGGAGCCCGUUCUUCGUGGUCCAGUUGUGGUCUGCGUGGAGUCCAAGCAGUGCGCCAACUAAAGGUCCAGUGUUUGCCAUCAUCAUGUUGCUGGCCAGCCUCAACAGCUGCACCAACCCCUGGAUAUAUCUCUACUAUAGCUGAAAAAAACAAAAACAAAAAAAAAACCCAACAUACAGUAAAUAAAAUCAAAAAUGACGGAGCGGCAUGGGCAAAAACUGUUAAAGAUGUUAUAUAUCAAGGGAUAUGCCACUCCGGAUAUAUGCCAGGGUCUGAUGAAGACCAGACGGGUGAUCUGGAUGAGGAUUUACGACGUCCAGGACACCAGAAGCGUGGAGCAGCGUGGGUCCUGUGUUUUCAUGUAUGUGCACUUGUCGUGUAUAAACGCUCCUUCUUUUAUAGAAGAGGACAUACAUUUGUUGUGUCAUCUCUUUUGUGAUGAAUCUGGAUCAGUGUCAGCAUUGCUGUAAACGAGUAUUAAAUGGAAUCUCUGUGGCAUCUUGCAGUGUUUUGUGAGUCGACUGCUGCCUGUUUUGAAUGCUCUGACAAACAAAGCAUCCACCGUGCACUGAGGAAAAACACACAUUGUGGCUGAACCUACAGUGAAAUGUGCCAGCAUGAGUAUCUCUCCCUUCAGGCAAAACGUCCCCAUAAGAGGCAUAAAGGGGAAGCCUUUCAAAAUAAAGCCCCUCUCUAAAAAGAAAUCCACAUGUAUACAUAUUCAACUGAUUUCAAAUGUUAUGUAAAUGUUUCUUAGGUAAUUAUAAUGUAAACUGAGCACAUGGGCUCUGUGCUUGUACCUGCACUGCUUUGAUAUUUUGUGUCAUCACAGACAUACAGAAAAAGACUGUACCUGACACUGGAUCUAAUAAAUAAAUGAUCAUUUACUAUUUAUA